AUGGGCGAGGAGAAGGAGGGAUGGGUGGAGACCACCGUGAAGCCCGUCACAAGCGGAUGCUGCUUUUGGUUUCGCAUGUUUCCGCCCAUCAAGUGGUUCCUUGCCUUCAUGAAGUGGCUCUUCUUGUCCCGCAUGGAGUACAAGGUGUUGAAAAUCGCUCGGGAGCUCUUCCACGUGGUAAAUGCUGAUGAGUCUUGUUGCUCCGAUUGUCCCUACCGGCAUCUCAGCAAGAUGGAGAGGAUGUAUCUUCAUCGAAUCUUAAAGGACGAGCAGCGGUGGGGAGGCGAAAACAAGAAGUUCAUCAAGACCUUCCAAUCUCAAAUUGUCGCCAUGCAGAAGGAGGAGAGCGACGCUGGAGAGUCCGUCACCGAGGCAGAGUUUUGCAACGCCGUGCUCUACGCGACGCAGGAGUAUAUGGAAAAAAUUGUCAAGAAGAUGCAUGAAGAGAUUAAGAAGGAGUACAAGUCAGAUGAGAAGAUGGCGGAAGCUCCCUGA